GAUGAAUCAGGGUCGUUCCUUCCAUCUUGUCUUCGGGUUGAUUGGGUUGUGUGGGAGGAGGAGGGAGUUCUUAGUAUACUUAUUAUAAGAGUUAUUCAUUCAGUGAAGAAAAAUAUUUUAGAAUAUCAACUUGUCAACUUCAGUCUAGGGAUUACUGAAACCAGUUAUUGUUGAUGGCAAAAUCUGAAAUUCCUAAUAUUGUGGUCCAAAGUGGAAGUGGUAAUAACAGUUCUGGAUCUGGGAAUAGUGACAUGGAAAAUAAUGCAAACAGAUCACAAAUUAGAAAACAAGAUGAUGAAAUUGAUGAAGCUUGUUCGGUACCUUCUCCUAUAACAAUACAUAUAGAAAACAAUACUGAAAAUAAUUGUAUUGAAAAUGGGGAAAAUGAUAAUGAAGUGGAUGAUGUAAUCCUGGACUACACAGAAAAUAAAAAUAAUAAAAAUCACAUUUUGAAACAAAGAAUUCAACAGAAAUUCUCAAGAGAAGAACGAGGAGAAGUAAAAGAGAAAGGGCAGAAAUUUGGAACCAGAACUCAUUCUCGAAGUUCUUCCAAACAUAGUCACUUGGGAAAACAAAACAGUUCACAAAGCAGCCUGGAUGGUUCUUCUCCAAGCUUAUCACGAGAUUCUAGUACAGAAGCAUAUACUGAUGCCACAGGAAUUGAUUUGCAACAAUUCAUUAUUGAUACUUUACAUAAAAAUCAUAAAGACCGAAUAAUGCUAAUGAAAUUAGAACAAGAUUUUAUAACAUUUAUUAGAGAUGAUUCACGAUUAUCUUAUAAAUUUCCUCAAAUGAGUUCCUAUAAUCGAAUGCUAGUCCAUAGAACAGCUGCUUUCUUUGGUCUGGAGCACAAUGUGGAUCAUAGUGGUACUGCAAUUAUUGUAAAUAAAUGUAAAAACACAAGAAUACCUGAUUUUAAGUUUAGUGAUCAUAUUAGAGAUGAUUUAGUUCAAGACGAACCAAAGAAAUCUAUUUUGAAGCGAGAUAAUUCAUCAUUUGAAGAUGGAAGAGAGAAAAUGAGUGAUAAACAGUUUUCAGACAGUAGAAGAAGCAAAUCAUUUGAGGAACGUGAAGAGGAAUAUCAGAAAGCAAAAGCGAGAAUUUUUAAUCGAGGUGAACAGAAUUUUAUUCAGUCGGAAAGCAUAGUAAUCCUAAGUCAUAAUCAAGAGGAUUCUUUAGAAAAUGAAUGUCAUGUUUGGGUUAAAAAUGAAAAUGAUAAUCUAAAACAUUCAGCACAAAACUCUAAUUUUGCAGAUAAUGAUAUUAUUGAGAAUGAAGAGAAAUUAUUAGAUUCCAGUGGCAAAUCCAAUGAUUCAUUACAUCCAAAUUGUGUUUCUAAACCACCUAUGAUGAAAUCUCAUAGUUUUGGGGGAAUUUCAGUUUUAAUUAGUGAAGCCAGUUCCACAAAAAUGAAUAAUACAAUUUCAAAAGCAGGUAAAUUAAUAGGUUAAUAGAAGGUAAAUUUAUUCUGAAAAUGAUAAGUAUAUUUAAGAAGUAAAGUAAUGAUAUAAUAGAAAUUAAGUAUUGAAUCUUGAAGAAAGAAAUUUAAAAAUACUUUGAAAAAUAAAUUCAUAAAGAAGCAGCUGUGAAUACGUAAGAAAGUAACAAGAUAAAAGGACAAACAAACUGCAAAAUUGAU